AUGAAUGUUCAAAAAUCACCUACUCUGGAUGAAGUGGAGGAGGCUCGCCAACAAAUUCUUCAAUCUCUAGCCGUUCAGCGCGAAGAGCGACUUGCUGCCCUUGCAGGAGCUAGACAUCAAGCUGCACCACCCCAGGAAAGCUCGAUGACCGAUCCUGACAAUCAUUCUACUCCUAUCAAUCGUAUCAACCCGGUCAUUCAUCCUACCGACCAGGCCGAUCCUAUUCUCCAUACACAAACCGAUCAAGCUACUCAACAACCGAAUCAAGAAGGGAAACACAAUCAAGAGCUAAUGUUCGACAUGAUCGUGUCUUUUUUUGACCAUGUCGAUCCAGAAAUUGACUUGCCGGGAAUUGAAUACUGGUUUGAAGACCCAGAAUUAUUCAGAGGCGAAGAUUGGUUGGACAUGGGUAUUGAUUUAGUGACGAAGCUGCCAUUCUGGUCUCAGCUUAGUCUUGAGUCUAGGACCCAGCUAGCCGAUAUGUAUGCACGCUUUGAAGAACGAGCCUUUCACUUGAAUGUAUUUCAAGAUCGUUUCACCAGAGACCAAUUAAAUGUUCUCUUAACGAACCAGCUCCAUCGGUUCAUCAUUAUCAAAAUUGCUACUGGUCAAGCAAUGAAAGGUGAUGUUGGUCAGGUUCAGAUUCUAGAGGAUUUGGAAGAUCUGAGGUUGGAACCUCUCCGCAUUCGAUUGAAAGAGUUCGAACAAUGGGGCGAAGAUAUCUUCGAAGCGUUUUCUGUAACUGAAAACAUGGAGACAAAAAAGGGUAAACAGAGGGCAAAGUUCAAGAAUAACUUCUCACCUAUUGUCGUGGACACGGUUCUUAGUCCGGACAACCACGAGAAAUCUCAGCAUCCUCGUAGACCUCGAAAAAAAGCUAGAGUUGAUUCAGCUCAUAUGCCUUAA